AUGGAUGUUCAUGCGUCGGGCAUCGUGACCACUGAGCGUGACGAUUUGUCACUUACAUAUCGCGUCCUCACCAAAUUGAUGAGACCCUUUCGACCCAAACUGGCAGGCAUACCAACCAAACCGUAUCCGUCCUCCUCACCAAAGCUAGAGCCGCCAAAACUGGGUUACGAUGUCAAAGAACAUCAGCGAUGUGGCGUCUAUAUCUAUGAUAUAAUCACACAGCAUGGCAAGCAGACGCCUAAGCGCCGUCUCUUUUACUUCGCUGGAGGUGGCUUUCAAGGCAUCCCGAGCGACAACCAUUGGAAAUUCUGCGCUGAACUUGCACGCCAGCUCUCGCCCUCAUAUCAGGUCAGCGUCGUUAGUUAUCCGCUCGCGCCACCAUGUCCAGCGCCCAAAUCUCUACCCACUCUUCGCGAGAUGCUGCACGCCCUCAUCAGUGAGGCGCACGAGGCUCACCAGGACGUUUGCCUGAUGGGAGAUUCUUCUGGUGGAAACAUUGCCCUCAGUCUUGGCUUCUGGUGGGCAUCACAAAUGGCUUCCGAGUCUAACUUGCCGCCGCUACAUGCUAUCUUUGCCAUGUCUCCCGCCGUGGAUAUGACGAACGCCAAUCCGGAAAUAUCAGAAAUCGAUAAGGUGGAUCCUCUACUGACUGCAAAGAUGACUGAGGAUGUGGCCAAAACUUGGGUUGCCGAAUGGGAGAGGAAUAAUCCACACGUCUCGCCACUCUACGGCGAUUUCAAAGUCCUCAAGGCCAGCGGCGUCAAAGUCCACGGCUUGAUUGGCACGUACGACGUGCUUGCACCGGACGCGCUCAAGUUCCGCGCCGUCCUGGCAGAGGCUGGAAUUCCUGGAGAGUGGCUGAUUUGGAAGAAGCAGAUGCACUGCUUUCCCCUCGCCUUCAAAUUUCCUAUUCGAGAAUCUAGGCAAGGAAAGGAUUGGGUCGUUGACGUCCUGCGCCGCGACGUCAAAGUCGAAAAGUCAUCAUGA